UCCGAAGCGACGCAAUCGGCACACCGGAACCGUAUCGAACAAUUUUUUUUUGCUCGCUCUCGCCGAUCGCGAGGAGGGAAAAAAUUAUCCAUUAGACCGUUACGUCCUUGGAGUAUAGUAGUCGCAGAGAGAUUCACUCGGUGCGAAGAUGCGCAGUGAUUCACGGCGAGCGAUAACGAUCGUCGCUCUCGUGCUGGUGCAGCUGUUGCGCGCGAGCCAGGCGUACGUUUCUCGCGAGGAAUUCGACCGAGCCGUGACGUCGAACGGCUACCGGAAGCCCGCCGAUGAGGUCUACGAGAAUUUCGCCGAGCAGACCAAGGAUUUCAGCCGCGAGGAGGCAGCGAUGCUCAUCGCCCAGCUGAUCCACGAGAGCGGCGGCUUCGUUUACACCGAGGAGAUCGUGUGCACCAAUACCGAUCGCUGCCGCGACGUCUAUCGCGACAACGUCGGCCUGCCCGGCAAGAGCUACCACGGCCGCGGCUACAUACAGCUGACCUGGGCCGCCAACUAUCGGGACGCCUCGAGCGCGAUCGGCAUGGGCGAUCGGCUGCUGCGCGAGCCCGAGCUCGUGGCUAAGGAUCCGAGACUGGCGAUGCUGGUCAGCACCUGGUACUGGCGCGAUCGCGUGAGGCCGCUGCUGAGGCCUCGGCCCGACUGGUUCGGCUCCACUACCAAAGCCAUCAACGGCGCGAUCGAGUGUCAGCCGGGUACGGCCAAUCCAACGGCCAAGAGGAGGUAUCGGCUGUACGAGAAGGUCGCAGACGCGCUCAAGUUGACCAAGAGAGCCAAGGAGAAUGGAUGCAAUGCUUGAAGCUACUUCGAAGAUGUUUUCUUUUUCCAAUGUAAUUUAAAACUUUUUAUCUACUUUUUUGAUAUUAUGAGUACGUCGAUUUCAUGGUUGCUUUUCCUUGAAUAUCUCCUUCUCAAAAAUCCUUGCCUCGAAUUCCAUCGAAACAGUUAAAAUUGAUUUUCGCCUUUUCUCCUCGUGUCUCUUGUUUAGCUUUACACAUCUAUAGCAUCAGAUAAAACGCAGGAGGUGAGUUCUCAUAAUAAAAUACAAAAAAGAAAAAACUCA